AAGAGGGCUGUGUUCUUUCAUACGUUUCAGUAUCCAAAACUAACAGAAAAUUACGCCUCUCUCCCACUCUAUCGACAACACAAAAACAAAACCCUAAUUUGCAUCACAUAAACGAAAAAUCCCAUUCCAUCUGGAAAUCUCCUCCUGUCUCUCCUUCCCUAUCUCUCUGUCUCUCUUUCGUUCUCUGUAUCAAUCUGUAUCUCUUGCCGUGCCUCUCUGUCUAUGCACUGGAACUCCCUUUUCCUUCUCUGAGAGAAACGCAUUGUUUUGAUUGAGGAAUAUACUGAGCGGUUAUCAAACGGUUAUUUUUGGGGCAUAGCCAGGAAUUGUAGCGACUUAGGGUUAGUUCCCUGUUUGCCUCUUCGCUCGUCCUUUUUCUCCGUUAUCUCGUCGUAGUCUUUUUUAUCACGUUUCGUCUCUAGAAUUUUCUUUCUAUUAUGUUGAACAGAUUUUGUGCUCCUGCAAACCCUAUGACUUGACAUUUAGAUAUACAACGAUAUAUGACUAUGUAUUUGUUUGUGUUCUAGGGUUUCUGUUUUUAAACAAUUCAUCGUGUUCCAGUGUUUCGCACACUGAUUUGUUGUGGUCCCUUUAGGGUUUUCCUGAUUGAACUGGUUUACGUGUGCGAACUCUUUUGUAAGAAUCGCGGGUAUUUCUUGCUUUUUUGCCACAAUCACGGCAAUUCCUUUUGCAUAUGUCCUUUUUCUGCACCGGGAUGAGGGUCUUCUAGAGUGAGUCUUUUUUUUCUUUUCGUCUGCAAAUCCAUCUUUGUGAAAGAUGGAGGCGUAGAGAAGGACCUCUUCUCCAUUCAUAUCACUUCUUGACUUGUACCUGAUUGUUAUGCAAUUUUUCUUGCCAUUAUCUUUGUCUGCUUCGUCUGGUUUUGAACAUGUAUCAAACUCUGCUUCUUUUAUAUCGGUAUUGCGGUUGAUAUAAAUUCUAUGCGUCUUAAGUGAAUCGAAAUCAUUAGAAUUUGUUAUAAACAGACCCGAGUGUGCUGGGUAAAUUGGUUAGUCGGGGCUCAGUGGAUUUGUCAAUUGUUAAAUUGGUGAUUGGGAGGAAAUAUUUGUGACUAGGAGGAAGAGAGCAGGGCCAGAUUAAAACUUAGGGAUCUUGUAUAUAUAUAGAGAGAGAAUAAUUUUACUGGAGAGGGGGUGAAGAAGGCUAGAGAAGUGUUCUUCUUCUUAUAUUUGAUGAUGUUCAGCGUUCCUUAUGGAAAGAAGUGAACCCACAUUAGUUCCAGAAUGGUUGAGAAGUGCUGGAAGUGUUACAGGGGGUGGAAGUUCAGUCCCCCACUCAGCAUCAUCUUCUUCUCAUGCAGAUGUUCCUUCACUGGUACAUCCCUUGAGGAAUAGAAAUUCUAAGAGCAUAGGAGAUAUUGAUUCCCCUCGUUCCCCUUUUCUGGAACGGACGUCUUCUUCAAAUUCACGAAGGAGUUCUAGUAACGGUUCUGCUAAACAUGCCUAUAGUAGUUUCAAUAGGAGUCACCGUGACAAGGAUCGCGAAAGGGAGAAGGAUAGGUCAAUGUAUGGGGACCACUGGGACCGUGACUCUUCUGACUCUAUAGGCAGUAUGUUAAUCAAUAGGGAGAAGGAUACAUUGCGCCGAUCUCAUUCCAUGAUGUCCAGAAAGCAGGGGGAGGUUUUGCCUCGUAGGGCUGCCGGAGACUUAAAAAAUGGUGGUAACAGUAAUCAUAGCAAUGGAAAUGGUUUGCUUUCUGGGCCAAGUAUUGGUGGUAGCCUACAGAAAGUUGUUUUUGAAAAGGAUUUUCCUUCUUUAGGAAGUGAUGAUAGACCAGGAUUACCUGAUAUAGCAAGAGUUUCAUCUCCUGGUUUGAGCUCAGCUGUUCAGAGCUUGCCUGUUGGCAAGUCUGCUUUAAUUGGUGGGGAGGGAUGGACAUCAGCUUUGGCAGAGGUGCCCAAUGUCAUUGGAAGUACUUCAAUGGCAUCUUUUUCUGCACUACAAAUUGUUCCUUCUUCCUCACAAUCUGGGGCAUCAAGUGGAAUGACUAGUCUUAAUAUGGCUGAAGCAUUAGCACAUGCUCCAGCACGAACUCGUACUCCUCCUCAGACAUCUGUCAAGACGCAGAGACUUGAGGAAUUGGCCAUUAAGCAAUCCAGGCAAUUGAUUCCAGUUACACCAUUAAUGCCCAAGGGUUCGGUUCUUAAUUCUUCUGAUAAAUCGAAACCCAAAUCAGCAGUCAGAACUGGUGAGGCAAUUGUAGCUGCUGCAAAAAGUGGGCAGCAGCAGUCCUCUUCCUUGCACCAUGCAAAUCAAUCUCUUCCUGUUGGACAUGUCAAAUCUGAAGCAUCAAAGACUUCUCUUGGGAAGCUUUUAGUUCUCAAACCUGCCUGGGAAAAUGGUGUUUCACCUUCUCCAAAAGAUGUUGCUAGUCCAGCAAAUAUUGCAAACACCAGAUCAGCAAUAACCAGCUUGCUUACUCCUUCAGUUGCAUCUGCUCCUGCAAGGAGCACAAACAGCCCAAAGGAGCGGAAGGCACCAUUGAAUGCAAUAUCCGGGUUCCCUGUGGAGAAGAGGCCAACCUUGUCUCAAACCCAGAGCAGGAAUGAUUUCUUUAACCUCCUAAAGAAGAAAACCUCGACAAGCAUAUCAACUGGUCUUACUGAUUCUGGUCCUGGUAUUGGAGCACCUAUUGUGGAGAAAGCUGAAGCAACAAAGGAAGUAAAUAGUGCUCCUGUAAGCCCUCAUGCUACUGUGAAUGGUUCUGAGGUUACUAGCAAUGAUGCUGAUGGUGAAGGGGUUCAGAGACUUGAUGAUGUUCAAGAGAAGGAUACAAGCUUUAAUGUUUAUGCAGAUGAGGCAGAAGUUAAAUUCUUAAGAUCCCUUGGUUGGGAUGAAAAUGCUGCUGGUGAUGAUGAAGGCCUUACAGAAGAGGAGAUCAAUUCUUUUUAUCAGGAGUGCCUGAGAUUGAAGCCAUCUUUGAAAGUGUGCCGAGGCAUGCAGCCAAAGCUGUCAGAAAUGCAAGCUACGAGUUUGGGUGAGGCAUCUUCUCAGUUGAGCUCAUCUGACUCUGGAUCUGAAGCUUGAUUUACUGUUUCUCACAUUAUAGGUCCAAGAGGAUUCAAUUUUUUUGAUGGCAGAUAGUUCCUUUUUAGUCUCUUUUGUUUUAAAGAAGCUGACGAGUUUGGUAUGAAAGAAGGGGGUGGGUUUUGGUUGGAGCUCUGCAGUUUGCAAAUAGUGCAAUAAGUAUCAGGUGUCCCAAUCUAGCCUGCCUAAAACUGGGAUUUUUUAGGUUUCAAGGUCUGUGGGAGAGUGGAUUAGGGUUAUUUUGUCAAGGUGCUGGAAUUUUUGCAUCUUCUGGGGGUUGGGUAUUUGGUCCUUUUCUCCUUUCAAGAGGGUUCAGUUUUACAUGAAAAAAGCUUACCUUGUUUUUGGUCAAUUUUACAAAUUGAAAAAGGAAAUCAGAAAGUUUUUUAUUUUCAGUUUAAUUCAUCUUUCAUAUACAUGUUACAUGGUAUUAUUUCGAUGUCUUUCAUAAGAUACAGAAGCAGGGGAAAUUCAAUUGAUGGGAUUAGAGGCCAAUGCUAUUGUUUGGCUUUACUGGUA